GGUAUCAUUUUCCAAAAAAAAUAAUAAACGAACAAAAAAAUAGAACAAAAAUGUCAAAUGAUAGUGAUAGUGAAGUGGUAUCGUUAUGAAAACGCGAUUAGUUUUCACAGCUGUUUAUCUCGUAGACUGACACGUCAGGACCCGGAACAUCUCGAAAAUUCCCAACUCCGUCCAAUGGCUUCUCUACGCUGUGAUCGAAAUUAGAGAACUCCCUAUUUCCAGAAUUCUCCAAGUUCAAAGUCGUUCGUAUCGACUUGGAUCCAAUUACUUCGUGACAUGAUUUUUUCGCCCAUUUUUUCGACCUAAUGAACGAGAAGAUGAUGUUCCGUUUUCAAUGUCUAAAACCAACAAAUUGGAACUGUGGAACGGGGAAGUGAACACUUUAAUUUUUCAAUGCUGUAAGGAAAAGAAGGAGGAAGCAGAGAUGUGGCUGACAACAUCCGUGUCUGCGAGCCUCGGUGCAGAUGAAGUUGCCGCUCGUUUGCACGUUGAUCCAAAGACAGGCUUGAGCUGGCCGGAGGCUGAACAGAGAAGGUCGUUGGUUGGUUACAACGAGUUGACUGUGAAGGACGAAGAGCCAACGUGGAAAAAAUAUGUGGAACAGUUCAAAAAUCCUCUCAUUUUGAUGCUUCUUGGUUCUGCAUUCGUCAGUGUUUGUAUGAAACAAUUUGACGACGCAGUCAGCAUAACAGUGGCAAUCAUCAUUGUGGUCACUGUUGCAUUCGUUCAAGAGUAUCGAUCUGAAAAAUCUCUCGAAGAACUUAACAAACUGGUACCACCCACUUGUCAUUGCCUUCGGGAAGGAAGAGUGGAAUCUUUUCGUGCUAGAAAUUUGGUUCCCGGUGAUAUCGUAUACUUAAACAUCGGCGAUCGAGUGCCAGCGGAUGUGAGAAUUUACGAAGCGAUCGAUUUGGCGAUCGACGAGAGCAGUUUCACGGGCGAAACUGAACCUGCGACGAAAACAACAGCUCCGCUGCUCAAGAGCAAUGGACAUACGUCCAAGAAAAAUAUUGCUUUCAUGGGAACCCUCGUACGAUGCGGAAAUGGCAAAGGAAUCGUGAUCAAUACCGGUGAGAAGAGUGAGUUUGGAGAAGUGUUUGCGAUGAUGCAAGCGGAAGAGGCCCCGAAAACUCCUCUCCAAAACAGCAUGAGUAUUCUUGGUGCUCAAUUGUCGUUCUACUCGUUCUGCAUAAUCGGAGUAAUAAUGUUGCUCGGAUGGAUUCAGGGGAAAGCAUUAUUGGAGAUGCUGACGAUAGGUGUGAGUCUGGCAGUCGCUGCCAUUCCGGAAGGACUCCCGAUCGUUGUCACGGUCACUCUCGCUUUGGGGGUCAUGCGGAUGGCGAAAAGAAAAGCGAUUGUCAAAAAGCUCCCGACGGUUGAGACUCUGGGCUGCGUUAACGUAAUUUGCUCCGACAAAACUGGAACGAUUACGAAAAAUGAAAUGACUGCGACGAUUCUCGUAACUCCGGAAGGAUACGUGGCCGAUGUUACCGGCACCGGCUACAACGAUCGGGGACACGUGCGAAUUCGCAAAAUGGAAAACAUCGAACUCGCACAAGCGGCAAUCAAUCAAUUGUUGGAGGUCGGCUGCGUUUGUAACAACGCAGUUAUUCAGGACGACACUCUUCUGGGACAACCGACCGAAGGUGCCCUCGUCGCGGUUGCCAUGAAAAACGGGAUGUACGGAGUUGCCGAGAAAUAUUUGAGGCUCCAAGAGUAUCCGUUUUCGUCGGAGCAAAAAAUGAUGGCGGUCAAAUGUACACCGAAAUAUUCUGAGAAUAGGGAAGAAAUUUACUUCGCGAAGGGAGCUCUAGAAAAAAUUUUGCCUCAGUGCACCAAAUAUUCGGCCAAUGGACAAUUGUAUCCGUUAAAUCAGAAAAAAGACGAAGAAUUUUUGGCAGAGGCUCACGAGAUCGGGCAACAAGGAUUGAGAGUUUUGGGAUUGGCGAGAGGAACGUCUCUUCAGGAUUUAAUUUACAUGGGUCUUGUUGGCAUCUGCGAUCCGCCGAGGGAAGGAGUUCGCGAGGCGAUCACGACUCUCGUCAACAGCGGUGUUCAAGUUAAAAUGGUGACAGGAGAUGCCAAAGACACUGCUGGUUCAAUAGCGAGUAUGAUCGGUCUCGACACCCUCCACAUGAACCUAUUGUCCGGGGAAGAGAUCGAUAUGAUGUCCGAGAACCAACUCGAGCAGGAGAUCGAAAACGUGAGCGUUUUUUAUCGCGUAACACCAAAACACAAGCUGUGCAUCGUCAAAGCUCUCCAGAGAAACGGCCACAUUGUUGGCAUGACUGGCGACGGUGUCAACGACGGAGUCGCCCUUAAGAAAGCUGAUAUCGGUAUUGCUAUGGGCAAAAAUGGUACUGACGUCUGCAAAGAAGCUGCGGACAUGAUCCUCGUAGACGACGACUUCAAAACAAUAAUCUCAGCGAUCGAAGAAGGCAAAGGAAUAUUCCACAACAUAAGAAAUUUCGUGAAAUUUCAAUUGUCGACGAGCAUUGCAGCGUUGUCAUUAAUCGCCCUUGCCACUUUAAUGGGUAUUCCAAAUCCUUUGAACGCAAUGCAAAUAUUGUGGAUCAAUAUUAUAAUGGACGGUCCACCUGCUCAGAGCUUGGGAGUCGAGCCAGUCGACAAAGACGUUCUUAAUCAAAAGCCUCGGGACACGAAAGAACCGAUGAUCACUCGGAGUGUCGUCAUUAACGUUCUUUUGUCUGCAAUUGUUAUAAUCCUUGGUACACUUUGGGUUUACAAUCGUGAAAUGACUUCGGAUGGCAUAACCGCCAGGGACACUACGAUGACGUUCACCUGUUUCGUUUUUUUCGAUAUGUUUAACGCUCUGAGUUGUCGAUCUCAGACUAAAUCUAUCUUCACAAUUGGUUUGUUCAGCAACAAAAUGUUCCUUGUCGCUGUUUCUCUGUCGGUGGUUGGUCAAAUGCUGGUCAUUUAUUUUCCCCCGUUGCAACGAGUUUUCCAAACUGAAGCUCUAACUGUAAAAGAUAUCGUGUUUUUGGUGGCACUCACGUCGAGCGUGUUCGUGAUAAGCGAGGCGAAGAAAUUAUUGGAGCGUCAAUGGGAGAGGCGAAAGAGCAGUGCCAGGUAUUAUAAGAGCAGAAAGUGCUCCGUCUCAACACCGAGAAACUCUGCCAAGUAAACCAAGUGCGAGACUCAAAAAAUGAAUAAAAACCUAACGAAAGCGAGUCAACGCGAAGACGUGCAAAAAACAAUGAACAAAAGAGCAUGAAUUUUGGGCAUCUCCCCUUCGGGGACCACGCUAGAGGCUCUACGACACACGUGCGUCGAAAACGUCUCUGUCAUCCUUUCAACGAAUCACUAACAACAACCUAAACAGUUAUUAAUCUCCUCGGCCUUUCCCCGUCCUGCGAAGUCUUCAAAAAAAUUACCUCGACAAUGAGAUUUCAGCACAACGACAAUCCUGGACGACGUGAAACCAAAAAUACAUGAAAUAUCGUCUCGCCAUAAAACACACACACACACACACCGAUGCAUGAGAAUUGAUCUUAAACAAAUGAAAAAAUGACUGAAGAACAAGAAACGAGCCACGUCCACUGCGAUCAAUGGUUCGUACUCAUUUCAUCAUCCCUUUUCCUUUGAUCCAACACAUUAACCUAAAUAUAAACACUCCGUUUUUGAGCAAAACAACAUCAAAUAUACUCUUCACCAUUGGGAUAAAACUGAUAAACUUUAGGGUGACAAAUGAUAAUAAUAUUCAAUUUUUUGCUACGGUGUUACACUCUUUGUACUGCUACACAUUUGUCAAAUUAGAAUUUUCCAAAAUGAACUGUGUGUGCGUGUCUGAGAAAGAUAGAAGAACUUAAAAUAAUUGUUACACUCGUAGUGUUUAAACUUUUCGUAGUCGAAUUGAGUGUUGGACAUUUUUUCAUCUCCGAUCUUCUUUGUCUCUCUUGUAAACUUAUUCACUUACUUUUUCUCAUUAUUUUUCUCUUUUUCUCGAUUUUUUCGACCUCACGGAUCUCAUUAUCGUAGAUUUCAUAUUCCGGCGUCUCAAUUUCCACGAAAGUUUUUCGUUUUGUCAUAAAAAUUUGUUAAGCCCCAUUUUCAUCGUCUCACAUUUUGUCAUUUUCCAAUAUUCUUUGUUUUCAAUCGAAUUUUCUUUCGAACUUCUGGUUACAUGGUGCUGAUGAAUAAUCAUUUGAUUGUUCGUUGAAUGCAGGAGUUAUCGACAAAUGACGUUUGACAAUUCGAUGACGAUUUUUGCAUCAUUAUUCUCCAAAUCAAAGUCCACAGCAUCCAAAAAGUGGCUGAAAUUCUUAAGAAAUUAAAAAGAAAUGUUGAGGAUCAACAUUUUCGAGCAACAAGAAGUUUUCGGCUCAAAAUACUUUCGUGAAGAUCGAGACGAGGUUAGAAAUUUUUUAUUUACAAAACACCAAGAACCGCGAAAAAAACAAACGACUUUGAAUCAUUUUUAACGACGAAACUUUCUUAUUCUGCUCUGGCUGUGUAUCAUAUCUCAUUAAUUUUUUUCAUUUUAUUGUACAUAAAAGCACACACACACACACACACACACACACACACACACACACACACACACACACACACACACACACACACACACACACACACACACACACGAAAAAAACGAAAAAAAAAUGAAAAAAUAAUCAUAAAUCGUGAACAUUUCUGGGUUAGGGGCACGCGUGUGCUUUUCGUAAAUAUGAUCUUUUUCCUCGCUCACUCUUCCUCUCCUUUCAUCGUUCAAUCUUUCACCCACGACACGAAUACCGAAAAUAAAAAAAACAAAUAAGUGCAAAAAAAAUCCGCACCUAUAAUGGCACAGCGUUUUGCACACGUUCGUCAAUUUUUUCGAGCCUCGUUUUUCGUUCGUCCAUUAUUGAAAUAAGGAAGAUAAAAAAAAAGAGGGAAGAACGGGGCCCAGCAAUGCUCUCCUCGCACUCGUAUAGUAGUCUUGUUUAGAAAUAUUUUCUAACCUCUUUCUCGUUCGCUUGCGCCGCUAAAGUCCAACAUUGAUUAUCUCGUGUCCAUUUAAUAAGCUCCCAAAUAAAAUGACACUUAUCAAUCGCAAUAUUUGUGAAAAUAAGGAUCAAAGAAAAAAAAAAGAUUGAACAUUCAAAACGAAGCAAUGAACAAGUCCAAUUUGUAAUCCUUUUAAAUCGAUAAUUAAUAAGCGACUUCAAUCGAGUAGUAAAAAAUAUUAGUCAAUAUUUCAAACGCUUUUUUCAUGUACAUUCCGUUCUCGAACUAUUUUUAAUAUCUGUUUUUUUUUUUCAAUCGUUUAUACUAGAUUGUUUAGUCAAGAAUUUUUAUAAAAUCUGAAUUUUUGCAAUAAUCAACGUCCAAAAAUCCAGUGAAUUUGAAAAAAAAGAUGAAGGCAAAGGCUUUGUGCGAUUCGUUCAAUAUUCCAUUCGAAAAUGUGCAAAUGAUUAUCAUUUUUCCAACAAAUAUUUUAUUUGUCAUUUUUCCUAAAACGUUAUUGUUGCUUUUUUUGGUUAUCUUAUUGUAACGAAAUACAGACAUUCAGAUCGACAGGAAAGAUUGACUACAAAUGUGAAAUUUUCAUUCAUCGAGUGGAUACUGCAUUUUUCAAGUUUUUACUGUCAUUAAAAACUGGAGAGUUUUUAUUUUAAAUGACAAUUUUUUAAUUAGAGCAAACAAAAACGAGUAAAAAAUAUACAGGCAUUAUAUUUUGUGCUGGUUACGAAUUUUGCUGUACGUACUUAUACGAAAUAGGGAAAAAGAAUGAAAGAAAGCAAUACUGAAACGACGUCACUUGCAUUUACCAUCACGUUGGGUAUCUCACCGCAUUUUUCAAUGAAUCAAGCGUUUAUUUGAAUAUUUAAAAAAUUAUUAUUUAAUAUGACAAGGCACAAUAGGGAAUGAAAAAGGAAAUUGUGAGUCAACGACGAUGUUGAAAUUCUGAUAACCUAGUGAAAAUGAACCUUUUUACAAAGUGGCAACAAAAGUGAAAAGUGCCAUUUUAUUAUUUUCAUCGUCCUCGCUCCCAUCAGGGGACGAAAUUACAUUAAUAUCAAUUGUUUAUCGAUUAUAACUUUGUGCGAAUAUUGUUUGAGACGUUUUUUUGUUCAAACUUAUUGCAUAAUAAAGUGAAAUCAACGGUG